CAUACGAUACCUAAUCAGUGAAGUUCCGUUGUAACCUGAUUGGCAGCUGAGAUAAAUGAAAGAAAGAGUUGAUCUAUUCAUUUAUUCAAAUACACCACUCGUUAUAUUAUAUUUUAUGCUACCAUUAACACUCUGUUUGUUUGCACAUGCAAAUUACUUAGCUUAUCUAUGUUACCAUAGUGAUAUUACAUGUUGUAUAAAUAAUGCUUGGUUUAAAUGCAAAAUAGACAGACAGAUAAGAUGCUUACCCAAAGUUCAAUAUCAAAAACAUUUCUCUGGUGCUCAUCAUUAUUUUUUUAACAGUAAACCAUAUUGUACCAAGAUAUAUCAGUGUUAUAAAUAAAAAUAUUUAAAUUAUUGUGAACUAUAAUUUUUUAUUAUAGAAUGUUUGACAACUGCAUAAAAAUUCUUAUUAUCUUAUUAAGUUUAUUUACUAAUUUUGAGUCUGUCAACGGAUUUUCAACAAAAUUACGAAGUUGGGAUGAUGUUUAUGGUUACAACGCUAUAUGGAAUUCACCGGGGGAAAAGGAAUAUACACUGAAUGAAAGAACUGUAAACAAUAAUACAUCUAAAUACAUUCAAAGUAAAAAUAAACAAACAAAGCUGAAAAAUCAAGGUUUUGCUGAUAAUCUAAUGCUAAUCGAUGGUGCGUCAAAAAAUGAAGGUACUGUAUUAGUUAAUCGGCACGGCAAAUGGGGUACAAUAUGCGACGAUAACUGGACAUUAAAAGAGGCAAAUGUAAUAUGUCGUAUGCUAGGUUUUCCACAUGCUUUACAAGCUACAACAAGAGAUUAUUUUUUUUCUAAUAGCGAAUAUGAUUAUUUAAUGGAUGAUGUCUACUGUAAAGGAAGUGAAUCCUAUUUAGAUGAAUGUGUUUAUUGGACAGAACAUGAUUGUUUAAAACGAGAGGAAGCUGGUGUUAUUUGUCUUAAUCCUGAACCAAUUAAAUGGCAAUAUAAUGUUAGGAAUCCUCAAAUUGAAAAAUUGUCUAAUACUGAUAUUAAAAGGAUGAAACAGCAAAUAUUUUGGUCUGAAAUGGAAACAUUUGAAAGCACUGGUCUUUUUAUCGUCAAGGCCAGAGUUCCACAAGGUAGAAAUCGACGAAUGGCUAUUGGAGCUAUUUGUGUCGACCAGUUUCGUGGAGCUGAAGCGAAUGUGGCAUGUCGAAGCAUAAAUUAUCCAUUUGCUUCAUCAUAUUCUUCAGUUCCACUGAAAAACGUGAAGACUUUUACCAUAGUUUAUCCGCUUGUACGAAUCGGGCAUUGUUUUGGAAAUGAAUCAAAAUUAGAAGAUUGUGUUACAUUCACUGAUCCAAACGGAGUACCUUGUUCAAAUAAGAGUUUGGGAAUAGUAGUAAAUUGUUCAACAGUUUUAGCUGAUUUAGAACCAGAUGUCAAAGCAUUGGAGUCUUCAGCUUACAGUAGUAUGAUUCCUCUAUUUCAAGCACAGUGUGCUUUAGAAGAAAAUUGCUUUCCUCCGAGUGUUUAUAAUUUGAUUAACAGAAAUCGACAUUUAGCAUUGAUGCAUAUGCGUCGUUUACUGCGUUUUUCUUCAAUUAUACACAAUGUUGGAACUGAUGUCUUUCGUCCACAUGAACCACCUGAACGAUGGGUAUGGCAUGCAUGCCAUAUGCAUUAUCAUAGUAUGAAAGUAUUCUCUUAUUAUAAAGUCAUCAAUGCAAAACAACAGCUUAUGGCUGUUGGUCACAAAGCUAGUUUUUGUUUAGAAGAUAAUGCUUGUAAAAAUGGAUAUAAAAAACAUUUUGUUUGUUCAACUACAUUAGUAACACGUGGGGAUCAAGCUGUAAGAAUAUCUUGUUCAACUCACUUAUGGCCUACCCCUCUUCAUCGAAUACGAGAAAAGACAAAGUGACUAAGAAGCUAAAAGUCAGUCAUCAUUAUAUACAUAUUAAACUAUAUGGAAAUAAUACAUAUGUGCAAUCCAAAGUCAAACUGUUGUUUAGACUAAAUUUUACAUAGAAUUCUUUCUAUACUGAUUAGAUUUCAACAAUUCUUUUAAAUAAAAAGGCAUAAAUUUAACUGAGAUUCUAUCAACUACAAGUUAUAACUUCUCAUUACAUUAUGUAUACAGUUUAAAUGGACGUACUGGCUAUAGAGAUAGUGGCAAUAUAGAAAUUUGAAACGUAGAACUUAGUCUAAUCAUUCAUCAGUUUACAGUAAACUAAAGGAUGAGAGUAGAUCGUCCAUUGGCCACCUCAUUCACUAGUACUGAAAGAUUAAAGAACAGCUAUCACAAUAUUAGUGUAAUCUGACUACUUAGAAGUAACUUUCAAAGUCUAGUUGAAUUCACUUAUAUUUAAGUUAGACGCUCAUAUACGAAUACACUAGUCGUUUUAUUUUGCCCUAAAAUUAAAAAGGUCAUGCCUAUUUUGUAUACAUUGCAUAUUUGAUAAUUUCCGCCAGAACAGAUGAACUAUGAUUUAAAAAAUAAAAGAAAUUCAUUUUACUCGUAAAAUGUUUAAAUUUACUACAAGUAAUAGAAUUUCCAAAAAAUGACUUACAUGUAUUAAUUAAUGGGGUUGAAGUGAAAUUAGUAAAUUAAGGAAGCGAAAUACAUAAUUUAUUGAACCUGUUUUUGCCUAAGAUUAGAUUAAUCAACAAGUACGCUGUUACUUUAGUGAUUUCGAAUCAACACUCUAAGCUAUCAUAAGUCUUGAUCUUACAAUUAUUAUUGUACAUUAAUAUUUCAACCCGUUUUCAUAAGUUAUGACAUUAUAAUGAAUCUAAUAGGUUGGUUCUAAAACCAAAAACUUGGCUUAAUGAAGUAGUACGCAAUUGCCUAGAUCCACAAAUAUGAGCGCAUAAGACAAUGAUCUGCCCAUUUUAAUUAUACUGUUUGGACUAGAGGGUUUCUAGCCUACCUUAGAGUUCAUUUAAUCAUAUAAUACUUUCGAGAUCUACACAAAUGUCCUGUAGUUUCCUUUCUAUUCAACUACUUAUGCCAUUUUAUUCUUUGUACCUUAAAAAAAGACACUAAAUAACAAAAGAAAUGCAACUUUUUAAUUCAUCUCUCCUAACUGGUCAUAAUAAGAACAAAUCAAUAGAACAAUCUUGAACUUCUGUUAUCUAUUAGACUUUAAAAUACUCGUUAAUAAAACAAUCCAGAUUCUUUUACUCUUGACUAACAGUCAGAGUUUAGUGCUGUUUCUAUGGUAAAACAUAUUACAAGACCUGUUCAGAUUACUUUAUUCCAACAAAAUUCAUCAUAAUCUAAAUCCAUUAGGAAAAAGUAGUAAGCUUGAUGAGCCGUUAUUGGUGUAGCCAUUUUUCUUCAGGGUUUCUCAAUAUGAAUCAGCAUCACAAUUAACUUACAGAACCUUUCGCUCGCAAAUAAUUAGCUGGCAAGUCAUUGGAAGGAAGGUAGUUAUCCGGCCUCGAUAUGUGAUGAGAGUUGUGAACUAUCGUGAACUGACUGUAGUUCAAAGAUAUAACCAGUUGAAUUUUAUUCCGCUAACUCAAUGGUAUCGUGCUGAAGGUCAUGGUUUGAUCCAUCCGGGAUAGGCAUGAACAAACAAGGAUUAGCAAACUGAGAAAUAACUAUUGAAGACCUGGUUUCGAAUGGUUCUCUAACUGACGUUAAUUUUUUUAACAGAUGACAUCGACUAUACAAACACUGGAAAAUACAAAUCAAUCAGUUUAUGCCAUCGAUCUGACAUUGUAUUGUGGCAACUUGGGCUGACAUACAUUUGUCCCAAGCUCUGUGUUGAUUACAAACGACUGGACAUAUCUUGAAUGAAAUCAAUGCUAAUGAUAUUGGUCUCCUGAAACAUACCACAACCGCAAAUUAGAUUAGGGAUUAGUAGUAGUUUAUACUGCAGUUGUUGAAUUAAUAUGACCAGCCUUAAGCUAUCUCGUCAGUCACCACUAUUACACAAUAUUAAAUCCAUUUUAAGCGAAUCCUUAACUUAGCGAAUUCUAGUAUUUAUAAUAACAUAAAUCCUUAACUUAAUAUUUUUAUUGCUAUACUAUACAAGGUAUUAGUCCUGGAUGCCAA